AUGCGCCGACGUCAACUCCAUAACUUGAACAUCGUCACGUGUACGUUGCUUGUGAUGGGCGUCUGGUUCUUAACAUACUUCCUCAGCAUUGUGCUUGCAGGUAGCGCAACACAAAAAACGGUCGAGAUUACUAACAGGGAAAAAGAGGCAGACCUUAUGCUGGACCGUUCUCACCAUACCUUCCGCAUAUUUGUAUUUACAUAUACACGCCCCGAGGGUCUGGAAGUGCUUCUGUCGUCCAUUCUCAACACGAACUACUCCAAGGCACACCCUGGUGCGGUCGAUCUGGAGGUGUUCGUUGAUUACAGACGGAAUGAGGACAACGAGACUCUAGUGAAGCAGGACACUAUACUUCGAAUGCUCAAUCAUGUUUCGUGGCCGCACGGCAGGUUCACAAUUCAUCAACGCUACACGAAUGUCGGUCUCCGGUACUCCAUCAUGGAGGCGUGGCAGCCGACAAGUAGCCGCGAGGUGGCUGCGUUCUUCGAGGACGACGUGGUUGUGUCACCGUACUGGUUCUCUUGGCUGGUCGACGCACUUCAAGCCUACGCCCCUAUCGGUCCAGACAAUAAAACGAAGGUGGAUCCGCGCCUCGUCGGCUUCUCACUCUUCCGCCCAGUUCAUGAUGAACUCUCGGCGCGAGAUGUUCAUGUGGACAACAGUUACGCUCCAUUCCUGCUGCAGCAGCCCUGCAGCUGGGGUGCCGUGUACCUCCCAGGGCCCUGGCAGCAAUUCCGGAAGUUCUUUGACGAGCAUAAGAACCAAAAUAUGCGGGUGCAGAGAGGUGGUGAAAAAAGGGACCCUACAAGCAAUAGCUGGGACCAUUUGACGUCGUGGAAGAAGUAUCUGAUCUACCACAUGUAUCAUGAUGGCUUGUACAUGAUGUACCCGAACUUCCCCANCCGCUUGGUGCUUUCAACCAGCCGCCUUCUCCCCGGCGAGCACCGAAGGCCGUCCAAGAGGAAGUUUAUUCUUCCCGUUGUCCAGAAAGAUGACUUGGCGAACCCGGAGGUUAAUGCCUCUUUGUUGGGCUUUCCGAAUAUGAAAGACAUGAAGGUGUUUGAUAUCCUGUUUGACGAGGUUUCAGGCGUGGAUGCCCUCCUCGUGAAAAAUGGCGCCGUGUAG